GACUGCAUUCAGAUGUAAACCGAACACAAGAAAGUAACGUUUUAGUGGGAUCUCAAUCUUAAGAGUGACACAAUGAAGUUCAAAUAUGAAAAUAACAUGAGGCGUAAUCGUGGAGGUCCCUACAAGACUAAACCUGCUACUGAUCUCACAAAAUGGCGCUUAACAUGUAAGGAUGGACGACAGGUGUGGACAUACGUUGAAGAUGUUGCCUCAGCACGAGAGCAAACUUUAUUGGAACUUCAUUCGUUGGGGCUUGACACAAGUGUUCUUGCACCACCUCUUCCACAAGCAGACACAGCAGAUGAAGCACUGUAUAAUGGGAUACUGUUUUACAGCAAGCUACAAGCAGAGGAUGGUCACUGGGCAGGUGACUAUGGUGGUCCUCUUUUCCUCAUGCCAGGUCUAGUCAUAGUUUGCUACAUGACAAAUACGCUAUUUACAGAGCCGCAGAAGAAGGAAAUGAUUCGUUACCUUCGCUCUGUUCAGUGCCCAGAUGGUGGUUGGGGUCUACAUAUAGAAGGACCUCCCACAGUUUUUGGCUGUGCCCUAAACUAUGUCACCAUGAGACUUUUAGGGGUUGACCAGGAUGACCCAGACCUUGUAAAAGCAAGAAACCUGCUUCAUGAACUAGGAGGUGCUUGUGCAAUACCAUCUUGGGGAAAAUUUUGGCUGGCUGUGCUUAAUCUGUACAGUUGGGAUGGCUUGCAUUCACUGUUUCCAGAAAUGUGGUUAUUACCGCAGUGGUUACCCUUUCACCCAUCAAGACUAUGGUGUCACUGCAGACAGGUUUAUCUCCCAAUGGCUUACUGUUAUGGUCGUCGCAUCACAGCGCCUGAAGAUGAUCUUAUACGAUCACUGAGACAGGAACUUUAUCCUUUGGCAUACGACCAGAUCAACUGGAAUGCCCAGAAAAACAAUGUUUCAAAAGCAGACUUGUAUUCACCACAUUCUUGGCUACUUGAUUUAGGGUAUUAUGUGAUGGACUGGUAUGAAGUUUUCCACAGCAAGGUUUUGAGAGAGAAGGCUUUACAGGAAUGCUACGAACAUAUAUGUGCAGAUGAUCAUUUCACUAAUGGAAUUAGCAUUGGACCUAUCUCAAAAGUCAUCCAGAUGCUUGUACGCUGGACAGUUGGACCAAAUCAUCCUGAUUUUAAAAUGCACCAGAAACGAGUGCAGGAUUAUCUGUGGAUUGGGCUGGAUGGCAUGAAAAUGACAGGUACAAAUGGAUCUCAGCUUUGGGACACAGCAUUUGCUGCUACAGCCUUGACAGAGGCUGGUGCUCAUAGCAUCAAAGAAUUUGAGCCAUGCCUGCAAAAGGCACAUGAAUUUCUGAAGUUUACACAGAUUCCAGAAAACCCACCAGACUACAAGAAAUAUUACCGACAAAUGAACAAAGAUGGAUUCCCAUUUAGCACAAGAGACUGUGGAUGGAUAGUAUCAGACUGUACAGCAGAAGGUCUGAAGGCACUCAUCAAACUGCAGAACAAGUGUGAAUUCUUGACUUCAGAUCUUCAUGUUGCUAAAGAACGCUUGUAUGGAGCAGUCGAUGUGUUGCUGGACAUGCGAUGUGAUGAUGGUGGCUGGGCUACUUAUGAAGACAAACGUGGAGGAGUUCUGUUAGAGCUGCUGAAUCCAUCAGAAGUCUUUGGUGACAUUAUGAUAGACUACACUUAUGUCGAAUGCACUUCAGCAUGUAUGCAGGCUUUGGUAGAGUUCUGUGAGCAUUUUCCAGACUAUCGUGCUGCAGAGAUUAAACAAGCCAUUCAAGAUGGACUUAAUUUCAUAUGUAGUAGACAGUUGCCAGAUGGAUCAUGGGAAGGUUCAUGGGGUGUUUGCUUUACCUAUGCUGCUUGGUUUGGCCUGGAGGCCUUUGCCCACUGUGGAAGAAAAUACCAAAAUGGAGAUACUGACCCUCAGGUGGCAAAAGCCUGUGAAUUUCUGGUGAGCAAACAAAUGGAGGAUGGCGGCUGGGGUGAGAACUUUGAGUCAUGCGAACAGCGAACGUACAUUCAAAGCAAGACAUCCCAGGUUGUUAACACAUCCUGGGCACUGCUUGGUCUUAUGUCAGUCGAAUGUCCUGUUUUACCAGUCAUUGAAAAGGGUGUACGUCUGCUGAUAUCAAGACAGGAAGACAAUGGUGAUUGGCCUCAGGAAAAUAUCAGUGGUGUCUUCAACAAGUCAUGUGCCAUCAGUUACACUAGCUAUCGCAAUGUCUUCCCUAUCUGGGCUCUGGGCCGGUUUGUGAAGCUAUACCCACACAGUCCACUUUCUGCAAAGUGUAAGAAAAGCUCGUAAAUCAUGCAGAUUCAGUUGCAAUCCAGUGCCCAUUCUGAGGCAGGUGGAGAUGAUCAUUUGUUAAACAAUGAACUAUUUAUAAAUUGCAUGUGGAUACAUGUCUGUUUCCUGAAUUUCUAAAUUCAAAUAGGUAACUCAUGCUGCAAAAUGUGGUUGUAAUCAAAACAAGAUGGAAAAAGCUGCCAGACUUUGAGACAUUCUUAAUUCAUCAAACUUAAUGCUAGUCUUUAGCUUGUUGGUAUCUUUUCCAGCAAUAUUUUUUUUUAAAUUAUGCAUUGUUGCAGAAAAACUCUAUUGUUUGUAGACUAUUGUAUUGUAAAGAAAACUACACUGCAUUAAAUGUGUCUACCAGUGUAGAGGAAGAAAGGAAGAAGUGCUUGCAAAAUAUUUUUGAAUCAAAAUAAAAUGUUCGUAAAUAUU